GGUGGCGGUGCGGGUGGCCGCGUUGUGUUCGCGGGGUGUCACGGGCAGGGAGGGAACCCGCACCUGACCGGCAGCCAUGUGGUCAGCCGAUGAAAUCGCUGGGCUGUGCUACCUCCAUUACAGGACGAGACUCCCCAAGCAGGGGAAGCCAGACCCAAAGAGGGAAUGGACUUCACUGGCAGCUGUUGUCAAAGUGGAGUCUGCAGCCCAGACUGAGGUUCUCGGUAGUCCAGGGAACCUCCAGGUAACUAAAGAAGUUGUUGCUAUGGGAACUGGAACAAAAUGUAUUGGCCAGAACAAAAUGAGAAAAAAUGGAGACAUUUUGAAUGACAGUCAUGCUGAAGUUGUGGCCAAGAGGAGCUUCCAGAGGUACCUUCUCCAUCAGAUGUGGCUGGCAGCUUCCCAUCAGCAGUGCAGUAUCUUUAGUCCGGGAACUGAAACUGGAAAAUGGAAACUCAAACCAAAUAUCAUAUUUGUUUUCUUCUCCAGUCAUACCCCAUGUGGAGAUGCUUCUAUUAUUCCAAUCACUGAACCAGAGAACCAGCUUUCUAAGCCAGUGACUGCAGAUGAUGCAGCUGGACAAUCAGCAGAGUGCAGAAGUAACCACGAUCAUUUGUGUCCAGAAGAUAAAAGGAAAGCAGAGAGCAUGGCAAGUAAUCGUGCAAUCAAGAGAAUGAAGACUGGAGAUGAUGGUUGUUUUUCCACAAUCACUGAAGACCUGCCUGUUCAGCAAGAAUCCGUAAAACGAGAAGAUAACACAAAUAAAAAAUGCUGUGAAUGUUCUGCAGAGGUGCAAACAGCUAAUAAGGAGACUGGCUUAGUGAGACCAAAGGUAGUAGAUGUUCAUAGAACUGGAGCCAAAUGUGUGCCUGGAGAGCUGGAUGAUGCCCGAACACCUGGGCUGGGCUACCACUGUGUGGGAUUAUUACGAGUGAAGCCAGGUCGUGGAGACAGAACAUGCUCUAUGUCCUGCAGUGAUAAACUGGCUCGCUGGAAUGUGUUAGGGUGCCAAGGAGCUCUUCUCAUGCAUUUCCUGCAGCAUCCGGUGUAUCUGUCAGCAGUUAUAGUGGGGAAGUGUCCGUAUAGCCAAGAAGCCAUGCAGAGAGCAAUCAUCGAAAGGUGUAAGCACAUCUCAUCUUUACCAGAUGGUUUUCUGGCUCAGGAAGUUAAGCUGCUGCAGUCGGAUCUUCGAUUCGAACACAGUCGUGAGGCAGUUCAGGAAGGUCAAACUAACAGCAAAACAAAACUUGUUCCUUGUAGUGCAGCUAUCAGUUGGAGUGCAGUCCCUGAGGACCCUCUGGAUGUCACCUCAAAUGGCUUCCGCCAGGGAACAACAAAGAAGGGGAUUGGGAGCCAUCAGAGCAGAUCCAAGAUCUGUAAAGUGGAACUCUUCCAUAAAUUCCAAAAGCUGGUGACAAGUAUUUCACAAGAGGAUCUACCAGACACUCUCCGGAUGAAGACUCUAAAAACCUACUGGGACUACAAGGAAGCUGCAUUAAAUUAUCAAGAAGCCUGGAAAGUGCUGCGUAGCCAAGCCCUGCUGGGUUGGGUCAAGAAUGCCAAGGAAUACUUGCACUUCACAUGAGAAUCCAUGUGGCUAUGUAAAUCCAGCAAUAAGCUCUGGUCCACAGCAGAUACCUCUGCAGUUCAAGGUCCAGGAAAAGAUGUCCUCAGUUCAUGUGCUGUAAAGAGACAGGAGUGAAAAGGAAAGAAAUCUAGAGAAGCCUUUAUUUUAGUUGUGUUGAAGCGCCCUUUUUAUUAAAAUGCAGAAAAGGAUCAUUGCUGACUUAAAGUUCUAAGCUGCAUGAAACAAUAUGCCUCCAAAAGAAAGGAAGCAGGGAUAUGCUGCCCUCUGUUAUAUGAGGAUAUGAUCAGUCUGCCAUAAUUGUUGCAGUGAAUGUAAUGUCACCUGAAAGUGAAGCAGUGCUAUGGAAGAAAGCCUGUCAUUGUAAAAUUUUAGUGCUGCUUUUUUCUUCCACUCCUCAUAAUGUUAUGGUUGUUUUUCUGUUGCUGGGACAACGCUAAUGUAUAGUAAGUAAUAUUUUUAUAACUCUUGGCUCUCCCUGUCUGGUGCCUGGAAGAAUUUUCCAUGUCCCCCAGCCCCAUUGCUUCUAACUGGAAAUACUUGUUCUGUUAAAAUGUCAUUUUUUCUGGUAAUCCGUCAUAUAUAGUGCUGUUUACUAAAUAUAGCCACAGCUAUAGCCACAGCAGAAGUAAAAGAGCAGUGGGGAGGAGUCUGUGUCAAAUAGUACCACUUGUGAUAUCCUGUGCAUCUCUCUUAAUUUCAGGACUUGGACAGAUAACCCUCCAACUGCUUUGCUUCUGUAGGAAGGAAAGAAAUCUCCUGAAUUAUGUGGUUCAACAUUUACCUGCUUUUCAGUGUUUCAAGCACUGUGCAUCCCCUUUAUCCCCCCGUGGGAGAUGGUUAAUUAAAAGCAGAAAUGCCUUAGCCAUUUAUGUCACUGUUCCCUGGCAAGUGUUCAUUAAUAGCCUGGCAAAGGUGGAGAUGCUUUGGGGGGAGUGAAAGUAGUCUCUGGCAUGUGUCUUGCAGUCUCUUGUCAUCAUGCUUUAUUACCAGCUAACAUCUACAUGGCAAAACCAUCAACACUGCAAGCAGUUGUGGGGGAAGCAGAGGAUAAUCCUCCCUAAACUUUCUGUCCCAGUUAUUGCCUUCUGAGCAAGUUCAGGACUGUGUAACUGCUACUGAGCACACUCCCCUUUUGUAUUUUUUCUCUCGUGAACCAGAAAUCAUGAAAGAUUUGAACAAGGCAAUGGCAGGAUGAAAGAAGUGGAUAAUUUAGAACUCAGGAAUUCUUCAGUGAUUUGAAUUUUCUGCUCUUCGGUGUAUUACAGUUUUGGAUUUGAAAAAUGGGCACAGCAGUUCUCCAGACAGCCUCUGCUGUCAACCUACUGAGCUAGGUUCUGAAUCAUGCAUCAGAUGCUGUGACUAAUACCAGGACCAAUGGCCUGAUAGUACCUUGAAUGCAGCUGUGUUAAUAUCCUGUUUCUUGUGUGAGCAACCUCAUUCCUCCCUCCACCUGGUAUAGUUGUGAAUGUUCAGUCAGGCUCUUUUUUGGACCAUUUCUUUGAGGUCCAAGUUGUUUUGGGAGGCAAAAGCUUUGUUCUCUAUAUUGGCAUAAAGUGAUGACUUCAAAUAGUGCUGGUACAAAAAUAUGUGGGCAAUACAUUACAAUUUAGUUGGAAACUAGUGCUUUUUCUGUGGCUGAGGUUUUGAACGUUUGAUCAAAUAAAAAAUUUCUUAAACUUAAUAGGCAUGUGGCCCUUCACAGUCUAAGCAGCUGUGGUCUUUAGGGCAAUGUCUGUAUUUUGAAAACAAAAAGAAACCUAAGCAAUUACUUGGCAAGUACAACUGCUCCAACCAUUGACCUACAGAUGGAACAGGCAGUUGACAUCAGUCAGGUGCACAAAUGGUUCCUCCUCAGCUCACCUUUCUCCAGCUUUCCAAGACUGGGAAAAGGCUCACAAACGGAAAGAUGGAGACUGGAUGGGAGUGACAGGGAAAAUGACCGUGUCGUUCUACCCAAGAGAGGAGCUGGGAGGAUUUGGAAGCAGCGCUUGAAGUGGAAGAAAACUGGUGAGUAGCAGAUAGAUCACUAACCCUUGACAUCCUCCUCUCCUCAUCCAGUUUAUGUAAUAAACUCAGCCUAUGAGAUGAGCAGAGCCAUUAACAGGAUAUUUUAUCUGUUAAGAAGUUAUCAUUUUUACAUUAAUACUGAAGGUUCAAGGCCCUGUUUUUCCAGUUAAGAUGUGACACCUCAUCGUGAACAUGUGACAUGAGACAGUGUGUCUGUCUGUCCUGUUCCUAGCUGUUCUACAGUCCUGUUAUGAAGAUGACAUAGGCAUUCCUAUUACUCUUAAAAGAAAACAAGUAGAAAAAGAUGGUUCUCAUGGUUCUCCCUACUGUGCAUCACAGUGUAAAUAAAAAAUGUUCCUGAGUCUGGACAGGUUACCUGGAGGGACUGUUACUGUUACAACAAGUAAGUAAUAAUAUUACAUCUAAGCCACGUAACAGCAUGACUGUACUAUUUCUUCAAAUGUUAUUAAAAAAUCUCGAAUACAAAGCAGUUGUAGUAGCUGCUUCUGCUAUAUUCUGUAUGUAGCAGACAACAGUGAAACUUACUCCUAUAUAAAAGCAACGUGAAAAACCUUUCUAUAGCAAUUGUGUGUUGUUUUGUUUAUAGAUGAUAAUAAGUAAAUUAAAAAAAAAGUAACAGCAAA